GAUGGGUUGUAUGUUCUUACCAUAUACCUCAUAUGUGUUAAAUUAUUUUUUUAUCAAUAUACAUCAACAAUCAAAUUUAUAUUACGAUAAUAUAAUUAUUUAACGUUUUCAUGUUAAAAUUGUGGCCCUCAACACGUUUAUAGUACGUGACAUGUUGAGAUGAGCAGGCGAUUCUUGAGGUGGAGCCACUUAAUGGAUGCCCCCAUAAAAACCCUCACAGCCCACAAAGCUCCCACAAGAAAAACAGCCACUGGAAAAAAUCGACAGAUGAGAAACCAUCAUAUUUUCCUGAGUGAUGAAGAAGAGAAUGGGGUGCCAACCUCACCUUUUUGCUGGUGGAGGACGGCUGAGGAGUUUGAUGAAAAUGGGCAUUUCAAACUGGAGAUUUCUGACCUCUCAAAACUAACUCCAAGAUUCAAAGUCCUGAGGGAAAUGGAGAGGUUGGCUCUAAUUGCUGGUGAAGGACUGGACGAUUUGAGGCACAAGCUUUUGUGCUACAGAGCUGGUGACUUUUGGCUGCCGAUUGGUGGAAUCAAGAAAGAAGAAAUGGAUAUCCCACCAGCUGUCACCAUUCUCUUGACAGGCCUCACUGCUUCUGGCAAAAGCUCUCUCAUCAACCUCAUGUACAGUGUUCUUGGGAGAUCUGGCCUUAUCCCUUUUGCUCAAACCUCAGGUGAACCUUCAAAUCACACCACAAUGUAUCUUGAAGAACACAAUGUUCUGAGAUCACCUAGGAGUGGAUUCUGUGUGUAUGACACAAGGGGUUUGGACCAAAACCAUAUGAUGGAAGGACUAGGUGAGGUCUCGACGUGGAUGUCCGAUGGAGUUCGACAUAAUCAGCCAUGUUACAGAUCAGUGAAUGAGAAGGAUAAGGGGUUAGAUGGACCGGUGGGGCUGACUAAUUCAAGAUACAUUAAGAGAAAGGUCAACUGUGUGAUGGUUGUGGCUGACCUAUCACAGAUUCACAAGGCCUUUCAAUGUGGUGAUUUGAUGUCAAUUGAGGUAUUGAGGGCCCUCUUCCAUUUCUCAGCUGUUAAAAGCUCCAAUGAGAGUCCAAUCUUGAUUCUAACACAUGGAGACACCUUGAAUGCUGAGGAGAGGAUCAACAGCAGACUGAAAAUAUGUGAAUAUUUGGGGAUACCUGAGACUAGUGGUGCAUAUGAUAUCCCAUGUUUGACAGAACAGGGGAUUCUGGCUGAACAAUCUGAUCCAGUUACUGCAUUUGCCUUAACUGAAGCAGUUUUCAGGGCUUUACUGCAAUCUGAUAGAACUCAUCUCCCCAAGUGGAACUUCAAGGAUUGGCUGAUAUGGUUCCUCACAUGGAUAAUGUGUUGCCUGGCUUCAUUCUUUGCAGUUCUUGCAGACUUCUUCUCGAGAUUCGGGCAUCAUGACAAGAAACUUAGAAUGUGAUUGGUGCAACAAUGUUUGAUCCAAGUUCCAAGUGCUACUUGUUGACUGCUAAGGUUAGUAGUAUUAGUGCAUCUAACAGCUUUUCAAACAACCAACCGUCGUGUCAAAUGAUCUCUUUAAUGUAUUGGUGUAGUUUCUUGAUUACUUUUGUUGUUCAAUUUUCUUUCUAGUUUGUAUUAUAUGCUUCAACUUGUAUGCUUGACUAGUUUGUUUAUGGAUAGGGCAGCUGUUUUGCUGUCACACUAUUGACAAUAUUGAUGUUAUUUCUUGGAA